AGACACUGCCUUUAACUAAUUUAAACGUAGAUCCAGUUGUCUGACGCCUCGACAGAGUGCUGACUCCCGAGUCAGCGCCUUCUGGUGGAAAGCAAAACGAACGGAAAAAAGAUAGGAGCUCUCAAAAUGGCGGAGAAAGCAGGAGAGAACCCAGGCAAUGGAGAGGCUGCGUUAGUCUCCAGCUCUUGUCUGUCUUCAGCAGGCACCGGACUAGUGGGCAUGGCACGUAUCCAGCAGAACCCCUUUGCCAUCAAGACCACCACCCCGACGAGGAGCGUGGCGGACAGCACGGAAAACAAAGAGUCGAAGCCGAUCGUGGCGCCGCCAACGUUAGUCCUUGGUGCCGAAGGAGCGUGCGCCGUGUCAUCAUCUGGGAGCAAGAUUGUCCUGCGGCCGUCCGCCCUCGCAUUCCAGGCGGAGAAGUUGAAACAGUCCUCAUCCGCUCUGGACAGCAGCACCGCGGGGGCGGAGACAAAGGACGACGUUUCGGCGGCCGACCUCCCGUCGAAUCCGAGGGACCUCCGUGAGGUGUCCUCGACUUGCGAGGCCACGGCGGCCGUGACCAACGGCAUGGUGGGAGCAACAGAGGCCGCGCGGAGCGAAGCGCUGGCGGAAGAAAGCGACACGAGCAACAACGGUGGCACGAACAGAAGCAACAGCCGAGAGAACCACGGCCUGGCGCCGCCGGUUGGCGAACUGCGGAACGGAACGUCUUCGACAGAACUCAGCGCGGCGGGACUCCUCAACUCUUCGGACGACGCGAUUCACUCGCCACAUCCGACGGUGCCACCAGACGGAUUUGUCUUUGGAGAGAACUUGCACGAGAGAGCUGCCAACUAUGACGACGUUUCGUCAGACUCUUCUGUGCCGUCGUCCACGGAGCUUACCUUCCAGCAGAUGCAGGCCGGACAGAGUGUGGCUUCGUCGGAUCAGCCCACCGACCUUACGUCCCCAGGUUCGAGCCGGCAAGGCGCCAAGAGCCUCUCCGAGUCCGCGGAGGAGUACCAGUCUCGCCAGGUGAAGCGGAGGUACAACGAGGUGACGGUGGUCACAGGAGAGGAGAAUGAAUCCAACGUCCUACAGAUCAACUGCAAGCUGUUCACCUUCGACAAGGUGACUGGUUCCUGGCAGGAGCGGGGGCGAGGCAACCUCAGGCUCAACGACCAGGAGGUGGACGGCGUGCUGCAGUCGAGGCUGGUUAUGCGAACCCAGGGCAGCUUGCGGGUGAUCCUGAACACCAAGGUGUGGUCGGGGAUGGUGGUGGAGCACCCCAGCUCCAAGACGGUGCGGACGUCGGCCAUCGAUCCGGACGGGAUCCGAGUCUACCUCAUCCAGGCUAACGGCAAGGACGCCGAGCAGCUGUUCAGCGCGCUGGACUGCCGCGUGGCCACCCUCAAGUCGGCCGAGGAGAACAACCCGUCGUCCACCCCGGCCUCGGGGAGUAGCCACGGCACGCAGCUCUCCGCCGACAGCUCGUCCUACGCAGACGGAACGAGCCUGGAAGACGACAGCGACGGACCGUGCUCCAAGAAGGCGAGGCUACUCAUGCACCCGGAGCAGGGCAACCUCCCAGACAGCAGCCGGAGCGAGGACUCGGCGUCCCCGGGAGUGCCCGCCGAGUGCGAGAGCAGUGGCGAGGACAACAAGGGAUAGACCCGGCGUUCGUCGCGAGCGCGGUGCCGGCCGUUCCUCCGUUUCGCUACGCUGCCCGGAAUGAAUCUCCGAUUGAUGUGUUGUCUACCGCGUCCCAAAAAGCGGUCCCUCGAUUUCUGCCCGACGACGUCUUAAAAGUGUCGCACCGCUACCAGUCGCGAUCAUGGCAGCGUCGUGGCGACGGCGGUGGGCAUGGCAGACGCCCAGUUUGCCGCGAGUCGCCCUCCAGCUUGGCAGCCCACGGAAGCUUCGGCAGACGAAGUCAGGACGCCACGACUACAGCUACACUCGCCUCGUUUCGGGAUUUUUUUCCGGAACUUCUGCAUCCAACCGCCUGGAUUGCGACGGUGCGACACUUCGGCUUUUGUGGCGUCGUUCGUCGCCACGUGGGGACGACUUUCAACCCAGGGGGUGAGUGGGACGCUAAGUGCACUGGUCGGAGGCUCGUUUCGGGCAGCGUAGCUUCGCGGUUCCCGGGUUUCGUUUCGGAGGAGCCACGGGAACCCCGUCGACGCGGAGAAGGCGGGUGCCGCGGGACUUUGGUGAUCGUACUAUCCGACCGUUUCGUUCUGCCGGGAAUUAAACUGACCGACAAACCCCUCCCUUCCCUCCUUCCAUCCUCGUAAUUCGGCCCAGUGUCCGUCGCUUCGUCGUUAUCUGUAGUUUCGGCGCCGGCGAGGCCCGUUUGCUCGUUGCAUGUGCCGAAGAUGCGAGGUUAUUUAUUUUCGGAAGAGCAAUGAGGAAACAAUUGCUUUCUUUUUUUUCUUCAAAAAUAUUGUUCAUUUUUUUAUCCUCCGUGCAGCUUACACCUCGACUCGAAUCACCGGACGAUCCGUCACGAAAAUUGUCGCUUCCAUCGUGGUCGAACGCUCGCCCCAAAGGAAGGACUCGAUUGGAUCCGUGGCUUCGAUCCGCACGUUAAAACGACCUCUGACUUCCCUAACCCCGCCCGCCUUUUAUUCUCGGGGCAUGGGAAUACGGAUUUGGUUGGAAAUCGGCGUACCUCUAUGGGAUCGAGUUAAUGUGUCGUCGAUCUGCGCAAGUCGUCACGAAGAAAGCCUGGCGUUAUUUUCGGAAAAACUCGGAAGAUUGGGCCGCCCCCCGAAAUCGAGCUAGGACGCAUACUUGCGAACGUUCCUCAAGCUCGGCCUUCUGUACCCGUGUCAUUCGUGCACGUUUGGCCAAAUGUAAAUACUGCGGACGUUCCCGCGCGAGUCGCCGACUUGGUCAGGGCUUUUGGUUGCAACAUCCAGGCCGUCGACUCUUCUCCCAAUGCCCUUAUCCCUUGUGCCCCUGUAUGUCGAAGGUUGCAGAACAUCUACGCACACGUACGAAUGUUCCGUGUACGUGUCUGUACAUAUGCAAGAGUGUGUACGGUGUACAGUUUGGGAGAUUCCCUUAUUAGCCUCGAAUUCAUGGACAAUGUUUUGGGGGGGGCUGCUUUCGGACAGUUGCGUAGUGACACAUUCUUUUUCCCCAUCUUUUUUUUCUUAAGCAACGUUUGGGCGCUAACAGGCGCUUUCCGAGUGUUUUUGGAAGGGUGGCCUGUGGUUGGAUUUAUGUGCCGACAACAUCUAAUGCUAUAUAUAUAUAUAUGUAUACACGAAAUGAGUGCAAAAGGCAGUUAAACCCGUCUUGUACCAAGAGUCGAGUCUAGUUGUUAGGGUUUUUUUAUUGACGUAGUAAGUUAUUAGAAUGAACAUUUUUUGCCUGGUCAGUGCCAGUUUUAUGCCGCGCUUGCGUGAGAUUGGGGUCGCUAUGCUCGGUAUGGGUGGAUGCCGUAAGUUGCUGCAAAAUUUAGCAUUCUUUUUUGGGGGGGUUGGAACUCAAUCAGGAAUCUAGCUCUAUGUUUGUGUGUUCUUUUAAUGCAACGAUUAUCUGUUUUGUCCUAACAAAUGUCGCUCGCACCACUGCAGUAUUGACGAAUUUCUUUCCGUUUCUUUGCUCUGACAACCAUAAAUUUGAUUGCGAAACCUUG